GACACACAAAACAGGGAGAGAGAGAGAGCUGAGAGAUUAAAAAAUAAUAGAAUACAAUGGCUAUAAAUAAUCACCGGUGUUUUUUUGCUCAUUAUUAAAAUUGUUACUUGUGUUUUUAAUAAAUUUGCAAUAAUUAUAUUUAUUAUCUUGACUAAUUAUUAUUUGUAUUUUUUAAAAAUUGAUUAUUAUUAUGAUAAUUUUUUAUAAAUAAAAAUAUAAACAAUGAAUUAAAUAAUAAUAAAUAAAUAAAUCAUUUUAUUUGUUUAUUUAAAAAAAAAAAAAACUAAUCAAAAUGAGUGGAGAAUCACAAUUAACAGUUGUUUCAAAUAUUGUCAAUGACAUUUUGAAAGUUGAAGCAAUAGAAGAAGCAUUCAGUUGUGUAUUGGUACAUAAUUUGGAUAUUGAUGCAGAAAAAAUAAAAUCAUGGCAAGCAGAAUUAAAUAAUGCUGUAUCACGUUUACCACCAGAUCAACAAGAACCAGCUGUUAAACAAUUUUUAAUAAUGGCAGCUGGUAUGACAAAUAAUAAACGUCUUAAACUUCUACUUGGUUUAUUAGAAAAUAUUGUUGUUAAUAAUAUAUUACCAGCAAAAAUGAUUUGUGAAUCAAUUUUUGCUUGUGAUAAAUUAACAUAUGAUUUACCAGAUUUUUGGAUUGAAUGUUUUAAUUUAAUACGUAAAAUAAUUGGUGGUGUUGAUUAUAAAGGAGUUAGAGAAAUAAUGAGAUAUUGUAUUGAUAAAGCAACAACAUUACCAAAAAAAUUAAAUGCAUCAGUACAACCACAGCUUAAAGUACUUGAAAAUGUAUUUGAUUAUAUAUUUGAUAGAAAUGCAUGUUUAUUACCAAGUAUUUUUAUUAUAAAUGAAUUAUGUAAAGAGCAAGAUUAUGAAGCUAAAAACAUAUGGCCACAUUGGAAACUUGGUAAUUUAAUGUCAAAUUUUAUUGAAUCUUAUCGUCCAGUUGCACAAAUGGUAUCAAUUAUUGGUCAUUCAAAAAUGAUACCAGUUGUUGAACAUACUGGUUAUGCUGAUUAUUUAAUGAAUCCAUGGAUAUUAGAUCCAAUAACAUUAAAAUUUAUAUUAAAAGGUAAUUUACCAUAUAAUAAUGAUAUAUUAAAACCUCAAACUGAAUUAUUACGUUAUGUAUUGGAACAACCAUACAGUCGUGAUAUGGUAUCAUCAAUGCUUGGUUUUCAAAAACAAAAACAACAAAGAUGUGCUGCACUUGAAGAACAAAUGGUUGAACUUGUUAUAAUGGCAAUGGAAAGAUCAGAAAAAGAUGCAACAAUUGGACAAGUUGUUAAUAAUAAUAGUAGUAAUAAAAGUAAUAAUAGUAGUGGAAGUGGAAGUGGUAGUAGUAAUAGUAAUAGUAAUAAUAAUGGUACUAGUAAUAAUAGUACUAAUCAACAACAACAACAACAACAACAACAAAAUAAUAGUGGUGGUAAUAGUGGUGGUGGUGCUGGUGUACAACAAACAAGUAGUGUACAAUCAACAAAUGAAAUAAAUGAUAAUUUUGAUAAUAAUAUUGGUGCAGUUGCAAAUAAUUGGGUAUGGUUACAUUUAUCAUCACAAUUAAUAUAUUUUGUAUUUCUUCAAUAUGUAUGUUUUCCAACUAUGGUUGUAUCAAUACAUGAAAAAUUAUCAGCACGUGAUUUACGAAAAGGUAGAGAUCAUUUAAUGUGGGUAUUAUUACAAUUUAUAUCUGGUAGUAUACAACGUAAUCCAGUUGAAAAUUUUUUACCAGUAUUUAAACUUUAUGAUCUUCUUUAUCCUGAAAAAGAACCAUUACCAGUACCAGAUGUUAAUAAUCCAAUGUGUACACAUCAAAUGGCUAUAACAUCAAUAUGGAUACAUUUAUUAAAAAAAGCACAUGCUGAACAUUUUAAUAUACAUAGACCAAUACCACUUGCAUUAAAAGCACAUCAUGAAUUUUUACAACAUCUUGCUAUGCCAACAACAUCAUUAUGUAUGGGUUCUGAUUAUCGUAUUGCAUUAUUAUGUAAUGCAUAUUCAACAUAUCAAGAAUUUUUUAGUCGUCCAAUGGCAAUACUUGUUGAUACUGUUGGUGGUUCACAAAAAAAUCAUCAACCACAACAACCAUUACCACCAAAUUUACAAAAUAAUGCAGCACUUGCUACUGGACCAAUAACACCAUUAUCAAUGUCAAUACUUGAUUCAUUAACAGUACAUUCAAAAAUGAGUUUAAUACAUAGUAUUGUAACACAUGUUAUUAAAUUAGCACAAUCAAAAAGUAAUAUGCCAUUAGCACCAGCAUUAGUUGAAACAUAUAGUAGAUUAUUAGUAUAUACAGAAAUUGAAAGUCUUGGAAUAAAAGGUUUUAUAAGUAAAUUAUUACCAACUGUAUUUAAAUCACAUGCAUGGGGUACAUUAUAUACAUUACUUGAUAUGUUUAGUUAUCGUAUGCAUCAUAUACAACCACAUUAUCGUGUACAAAUAUUAUCACAUUUACAUAGUCUUGCUGCUGUACCACAAACAAAUCAAACACAAUUACAUUUAUGUGUUGAAAGUACAGCAUUAAGAAUGAUAACUGGUCUUGGUUCAGCUGAAGUUAAACCACAAUUAUCAAGAUUUAUUAUUGGUAUAUCUGAACCAAAAACACUUGUAUCAUCUGAAUCAGAAGAAUUAAAUAGAGCACUUGUAUUAACACUUGCUAGAUCAAUGCAUAUUACAAGUACUGGUGCUGAUUCAUUAAAUGGUACAUGGUGUAAAGAAUUAUUAAAUACAAUUAUGCAAAAUACACCACAUUCAUGGGCAAAUCAUACAUUACAAUGUUUUCCACAUGUAUUAAGUGAAUUUUUUCAACAAAAUAGUAUACCACGUGAAAAUAAACAACAAAUUAAAAAAGCUGUUGAAGAAGAAUAUAGAAAUUGGGCAUCAAUGAGUAAUGAAAAUGAUAUUAUUGCACAUUUUUCAGUACCAAAUACACCACCAUUAUUUUUAUGUUUAUUAUGGAAAAUGAUAUUAGAAACAGAUCGUAUUAGUCCAAUAGCAUAUAAAAUAUUAGAAAGAAUUGGUGCAAGAGCAUUAUCAGCACAUUUAAGAAAAUUUUGUGAUUAUGUUGUAUUUGAAUUUGCAAAUAGUGUUGGUGGACAACAUGUUAAUAAAUGUGUUGAUACUAUUAAUCAUAUGAUAUGGAAAUAUAAUAUUGUUACAAUUGAUAGAUUAGUAUUAUGUCUUGCAUUACGUUCACAAGAGGGUAAUGAAGCACAAGUAUGUUUUUUUAUAAUACAAUUAUUAUUAUUAAAAGCACCAGAAUUUAGAAAUCGUGUACAAGAAUUUGUUAAAGAAAAUUCACCUGAACAUUGGAAACAAUCAAAUUGGCAUGAAAAACAUUUAGCAUUUCAUCGUAAAUUUCCUGAAACAUUUGCACCAGAAGGUAUUAUGGAUCAAACAAGUGGUGGUCCAAGUCAAUAUCAAAAUUUACCAGUAUAUUUUGGUAAUGUUUGUUUAAGAUUUUUACCAGUAUUUGAUAUUGUUGUACAUCGUUAUCUUGAAAUACCACCAGUUAUUAAAAGUUUAGAAAUUUUACUUGAACAUCUUGGUUGUUUAUAUAAAUUUCAUGAUCGUCCAGUAACAUAUUUAUACAAUACAUUACAUUAUUAUGAAAGAAAAUUAUGUGAUAGACCACAAUUAAAAAGACGUCUUGUUGCUGCUGUAUUAGGAUCAUUACGUGAAAUACGUGCACCAGCAUGGGCAUUAUCAGAACCAUUUCUUCAUUAUAUGGCUAGAUCACCAGAUGAAGCUGUAUCAUGGCAACCAGAACUUGGUUAUUAUAUUAGACUUGUACGUCGUAUGGUUGAAACAAUGACUGGUACACCACAUUUUCCAUCAGUUGAUUGGAGAUUUAAUGAAUUUCCAAAUCCAUCUGCACAUGCAUUAUAUGUUACUUGUGUUGAAUUAAUGGCUGCACCAGUUGCACCAAAUUUAGUUGCAAAUUCAUUAAUUGAUGUUGUUGCUGUUGGUUAUACUGUUAUACCACCAAAAGAUACACAUUUAUGGAUUAAUUGUGUUGGUUUAUUAAUGGCUGCAUUACCAGAAUGUUAUUGGACAGCAUUUUAUGAUCGUAUUGUUGAUACAAUUAAAAGUCCUGGUUUAAUUAAAUGGCAAUAUAAUAAUUUAACACCAUUUCAAUUAUUUAAUUUUGAUACAACUCAUAAUUGUUUAAUUGAAAAUAAAUAUUCAUAUAUGCUUGCAAUUGCACAUUCAAUUUGGCAUCAUGCUGGUGCUGGACAAAUAACAACAAUGCCACAAUUUAUAAAAGAUAGAUUAGAAUCAAUUGUUACAAGUGAAGAACAACUUAUAUUUGUUUGUCAUUUAUUUGGACCAAUACUUUCUAGAUUAAAUAUUGAGAGACAACGAGGUAUUGUUGAACUUUCAGGUAGUUUAUAUCAAAUGUUGGAACAAGUUGAUAAAAAUCAAACAACACUUAAAUAUAUGGAUCCAAUUUGUGAUUUAUUAUAUCAUAUUAAAUACAUGUUUGUUGGAGACAUGAUGAAGACUGACGGAGAAUCCAUCAUCAGAAAACUCAGACCAGCAUUACAAAUGCGUUUACGAUUUAUUAUACAUUUAAAUAUUGAAGAAAUUCAAUCGAGUUAAGCCUCUUUUUUUCAUUUCUUGAAAUUAUGAUUUAUUUUUUAAACUUCAGAAAAAUAAUAUGUUUAUUUUUAUCCAAUGAUUUAUUUAAAAUAUUCAAGAAUCAACUUUUCAUUUUUUUUUUUAAAUAUUAUUAUUAUUGGUUGUCAUUUUUUUCUUCGACAUCAAAGUAAAUUUUUGGUAUAUUUGUUUCUCUUAAAAAGAAAAUAAUAUAUCUUUAUAAAAUAAAUUUUUAUAUACAUA